AUGGAGGCAGCGCGGGCGGGCGGCACCGGCACCGGCGGCACGGCGCACGUCAGCUUCGUGUGCCAGCGCUGCUGCCAGCCGCUCAAGCUCGACACCUCCUUCAAGGUGCUCGACCGCCUCACCAUCCAGGAGCUCACCGCCCCGCUGGUGAGCGCUGCCCCGGCCAGGCCCGGGGACCUGCACGAAGAGGAGAGCGCCCUCACGGAGGUACGGCGGGUCCGGCGGCGGGGCUCGGCGGCAGCAGCUCCCCCGGGCCUGCCGGUAACGGUGUUUCCUUAUCUCCAGGAAGCUUUCGUGGAGAACCGGCAGGAUGGCGUGUCCAGGAGGUUCAUCCCGCCUGCCAGAAUGAUGUCAACAGAAAGUGCCAACAGUUUCACGCUGAUCGGAGAGGCCUCGGAUGGUGGCACCAUGGAAAACCUCAGCAGGAGACUGAAGGUCACUGGCGACCUCUUUGACAUCAUGUCUGGGCAGACAGAUGUGGAUCACCCACUGUGUGAGGAAUGCACAGACACUCUGCUGGACCAGCUGGACACACAGCUCAACAUCACAGAGAACGAGUGCCAGAACUACAAGAGAUGCCUGGAGAUACUGGAGCAGAUGAAUGAGGAUGAUAAAGAGAAGCUGCAGACAGAGCUGAAGGAGCUGGCACUGGAGGAAGAGCGGCUGAUCCAGGAGCUGGAGGAUGUGGAGAAGAACCGCAAGAUUGUGGCUGAGGACUUUGAGAAAGUCAGGGCAGAGGCAGAGCGGCUGGAGCAGGAGGAGGCUCAGUACCAGAAGGAAUACUGUGAGUUCAAGAGGCAGCAGCUGGAGCUGGAUGAUGAGCUGAAAAGUGUGGACAACCAAAUGCGCUAUGCCCAGAUGCAGCUGGAUAAACUAAAGAAAACCAACGUGUUCAAUGCUACCUUUCACAUCUGGCACAGUGGGCAGUUUGGCACAAUAAAUAACUUCAGGCUUGGCCGCCUCCCCAGCGUUCCUGUGGAGUGGAACGAGAUCAACGCUGCCUGGGGGCAGACUGUGCUGCUGCUGCAUGCCCUGGCCAACAAAAUGGGCCUGAAGUUUCAGAGAUACCGCCUUGUCCCCUACGGUAACCAUUCCUAUUUGGAGUCCCUCACAGACAAAUCCAAGGAGCUUCCCCUGUACUGCUCUGGAGGCUUGAGGUUCUUCUGGGACAAUAAGUUUGAUCACGCCAUGGUGGCAUUCCUGGACUGUGUGCAGCAGUUCAAAGAGGAGGUGGAGAAAGGUGAAACUCGGUUUUGUUUGCCUUACAGGAUGGACGUGGAGAAAGGAAAGAUCGAAGACACAGGUGGCAGUGGUGGCUCUUACUCAAUUAAAACACAAUUUAACUCUGAAGAGCAGUGGACAAAAGCACUAAAAUUCAUGUUAACUAACCUGAAAUGGGGCCUGGCCUGGGUUUCAUCCCAAUUCUACAACAAGUAACUGAUCAGAACUUGGCCUGGCAGCCAUGGAGUGUCUGCAUUGUGUUGGAGAAAGGCAAAUGAAGAUGUCUCUUAAUAUUAACCAGUACAAAAUGUUUACAAUACCAAAAAUCCACAAGACACUUUAUUUACAAUGCCAUUAUUACAAGUAGUUUGUAGAAAAGCAAUAUGCAAAAUUGUAUCCUUGAGUUGAACAGAAUAAAACCCAGCUAUUAAAAGGA